AUGGUCCGUUUGUUCGACAGGUGCGCUCUCAUUGGCUCGCGUGACGACUGCGGAACAACGUCUCGGGUGAACCUUAACGCCUGCCUGCCUGCCUGCCUUGCCAGCCAGCUUCAGCGUCACUUGUUUGCCCGAACACUCUUUUCAGUCCUUCACUCCACCUUCCAAAUGCGGAUUGCGUUUCAGGUUCUGCGCUCUGCUCGUCGCCCGUGUCUGCGCAAGCUCCCCCGCAGCCGAGUCGGCGUCUGCGCGCCUAGCAAUGGCCUAGUGUUCCGGGCUCAUCACCAAUUUCGGCAGCGCGCCUCGCCUACCAUCCUCAAAUCGUCAAUGCAGUACCGCGCGUUGACGGGAUCGCUGGUAGCAGCCGCUGUCGCUGUGGGCGCCUUCUAUUCUUACAACGGUGCUGAUUCCUCCCGCCAUUCGCAUUCACCCGCCGAUCAAGCCAGACACCUCACCAGUGGUGCGAACAGUGAACCUACCAGGAAAGCGCUCGUUGUGGGACCUGGUGAACUAUACACAGGAACCAUUUCAGGUACUGGCCCCAUCUCAAAGGAUACCGACGACUACGGCAGGAAGGUGCUGGAGAUGCUGGACCCUGAGCAAGCCACAGCCAAGUUGCGAAAGAACGAGGAGUCGUGGCUUGUGGGCCGAGGCCAGGGCGUCGUACGAUACGAUGUAGUUCAGAUUCCCAGCAAUGAUCCUAUCGAAGAUGACCACGCCGAGAAGAUCAUCGAAGUGCCUUCAAAUGUCGCGGCCACCGAAAAUGGCGCUACUGCCAGUGACUGGAUGUUCUGGGGUGUCUUUGACGGCCACAGUGGCUGGGUAACAUCGGCCAAACUUCGUCAGACACUCAUCUCUUACGUCGCCCGUGAGCUUAACAACACGUACAAAUCCGCCGUCGAGGACCCCGCACUACACUUUCCAUCUCCCGAGGCUAUUGACAAGGCCAUCAAGACUGGCUUUGUCCGCCUGGAUAACGAAAUCGUUUACGAUUCGGUGAAGAAGGUCAAGAAGGCUCAGUCCAAGGUCGCUGCCGCCGAGCUCCUUGCACCCGCACUUUCUGGCUCAUGUGCAUUACUCUCAUUCUACGACAGCCGAUCGAAAUUACUUCGAGUAGCAUGUACAGGCGAUUCUCGCGCCGUACUUGGACGAAGGGGCGCUAAUGGAAAGUGGACAGCUACCCCACUGUCUGAAGACCAGACUGGUGGAACCACGAGCGAGGCAGAGCGAUUACGGAGGGAACACCCUGGUGAGCCAAAUGUGGUCCGGAAUGGGCGUAUUUUGGGUGGAUUGGAGCCAUCCCGUGCUUUUGGUGAUGCUUCGUACAAGUGGUCACUCGAGACCACAGAUGCGCUGAAAAAGUCUUAUUUUGCCCGGUCUCCUUCUUCUCUACUGAAGACACCGCCUUACGUGACGGCUGAGCCGAUCGUUACUACUACCAAGGUUGAGCCUGAGAAAGGCGAUUUUGUGGUCAUGGCGACUGACGGACUUUGGGAGAUGUUGACUAAUGAGGAAGUGGUUGGCCUAGUUGGCCAAUGGUUAGAUGCGCAAGGUCACCCUAGUAGCCAAAAAUCGCAGAGUCAAUCGUGGUUGAAGAGCUGGUGGUCAACACAGAAGCAGCUUCCGGUUGAGCAAAAAACGACCGGGAAAGGCGAAGGUCAACGAGCACCGAUCCGACAAGAACAAUGGGGUAUCAAGACCAGCAUGAACGAGAGGUUCGUCGUAGAAGACAAGAAUGCGGCAACUCACCUUGUACGGAAUGCGUUAGGUGGUAAAGACCAGGAUCAACUCAGCGCGCUCCUUACUCUUACGAGCCCCUUCUCCCGACGAUACAGGGACGACCUCACGGUCGAAGUCAUCUUCUUCGGCGAAGGCCCCAGCACUGGCAACGUUACCCUCAAUCAGGAGGCGAGUGCAGUAGCACAAGAAGCCAAGGCAAGACUGUAG